AGUUGAUUUAUGGACGAAUCAGACUAAACUCAACGGCUGAAUCGUUCAAGUAAUUUUAUCCUUCAAACGAACUGAUCCUACGAAACUUCAUCGAAAAAAAAGAAAAAAAGAGACAAGAGCAGCCAAAGAUUUGAACAAGAACGCGUCCACUGGGAAGCACCUUCCAGAGAGCCCAGAGAUCUGUAACAGUCGCAGAAAAUAAUCAAGGAACUGAUGGUUAAUUCUUGCGGCAAGAUGAAGCAACAUCCUACUUGGAUAUGUAUCUUGUUAUAUUUAACAUCAUUGUUUCAUGACGGCGAAAAUCGCACAAUCAAUGGAAAGCCCCUCCAUUAUCUCAUGACAAAAGAGGAAAUGAAACGUUAUUUUGGUUCAGAGAACCUGUCAAAUGUCCCUGAAUAUGAUGUGACAGUUCCACUUGAGUCAAAGGAUGGCACCUUCUCUGCAUCGUUUUCACUAAAUCACCGAUUGAGGAGAAGCGAAGAAGGCGAUGAUGCGACUUAUCGCUACAAAAUUGACGCCUUAGGAGAGCAGCUACAUCUCCACGUUAAACGAAACACAAAAUUUAUGGCUCCUAAUCUAAUGCUGGAAACAAGGGAUGAGAAAGGACAAAGGGUUUCAAGAUCAUUGUCUAGAAAUGCCUUUAUGACUGGCUCGGUGGCUUCAGAUCCAGACUCAGUGGUUGCUUUGAGUGUUAGAGAAGGACUGACCGGUAUGGUGAGAAGAUCACGUGAUACUUUCUUAAUUCAUCCUUUACCCACACGUCUGGCUCGACACUUCGGAGAUGAAGAAGGAGCAAAACCUCAUUUGAUUUUCCGAAGAUCUUCCCAGGAGAACAAUGGAUGUCAAACAAAUACAGUAGAAACGAUUCCUCGGGAGAGAAGAGCUCGUCGCUCUUCCGAGAGAGCAGGGGAUGUUCAAGAUGACGACCGCAACAGCAAAGUAACUGAUAAAUUCUUGGAAGUAGCGAUACUCGCUGAUGAAAGUGUUGUGGAAGUCCACGGAAAUAACUCCGAGGACUAUCUGUUGCUUUUGGCCAGCAUAGUAGACACUGAAAUUUUCCAAGAUCCAACCAUCGGAGACCAAAAGAUCAAUUUUGUAGCAACUCGACUUAUUCUUGUCAACAACACUGAGUUUGGAGUCAAUUCUGCUUCUGGUAUAAGUCACAGGAGCAUUAUUGGUAAAGUGGGAAAAUGGGCUUCAGAAAACAACAGACCAGACCAAUCGGAUCCUUUGCAAUUCGACGUUGCGGUUCUUGUUCGUGGCGGUGGAAAUGGAGGUUUAGCAUCGUUUGGUGGAGUUUGUGCACGUGACAACAGUGUUAGUGUGGUUAGGCAAAAUGGUCUUCAGACGGCAUUUUUCAUCGCACACGAAGUAGCACAUAACUUGGGGGUACCUCAUGAUUCCCAUGGAUCAAGUAAAAAUUGUCCCAACUACGUUAACAUCAUGUCAGAGACAGCGCAAAGUGGGCCUGGUUCUUGGGAGUGGUCAUCGUGCAGCAAGGAAAAACUUCAGAGCUUUCUCAGGAGCAGCAGAUCCACAUGUUUAAAUGACCCUCCUUCUUCGACUCGUCCUAAGCCUCCCCCUUACUUCUACACCGACCUACCAGGAGAUUUCCUUGACGCAGAUGUGCAAUGUAAACUUCAGCAUGGCCCGGAAUACAGGCAAUGUCCGCAAAGAAGGGACGUCUGCAGUUCCCUCUGGUGUACACCAAACGGACGCGAGUGCUAUUCAAGAUUUUUAAGAGUUGCGGAUGGAACGCCAUGCGGGCUUCGGCAUUGGUGCAUUAAAGGUUCUUGCGUCGAUAACGGUUCACCAAUUAUCGAUGGAGGAUGGAGUGAGUGGUCUAACUACACAGCGUGCUCUCAAACAUGCAGAGGAGGAAUCCGCCACCGAGAAAGAACAUGCACCAACCCACCGCCUAAAAAUGGAGGUGCAGACUGCGAAGGUCCUACAAGAUCAUGGGAAACAUGCAAUAACAAUGUCCUCUGCAUUAUUUCUGAUGAUCAACCAUCUUUUCGUGAUCAGCAGUGUAAAAAUAUAAACUCUAUCUACAGUGCCUACUAUCCUGCUAAUCAAAACCCUUGUCGGCUUGCCUGUCGACUGGGGAGACCCAGUUAUGGUUUCUUCGGAGACGUGCUAGACGGCACUCACUGCAGUGAAAAUCCUUACGUAUAUGACGUAUGCAUAGAAGGAAAAUGCAAGACCGUUGGUUGUGAUGGGAUACUCAAUUCUGGAAAAGUAAAGGAUAGAUGUGGCGUUUGCGAUGGAAACGGGGACUCAUGCACACUUGUCACCUCUAGCUACACAAAGGACUAUAGGAAAUAUUGGUCUCCCCCAGACACCAUCGUUGUUCUACCCCCAAAAACUUCCCGUGCGAUAUUCCAGCAGAGAAACGUAAAACAAUAUAACGUUAUUGGCGUUCAGGAUGAAAAAGGAUACGUAAUUCCAUUGGUAACUUGGGGAGAAAAGACCAUCUAUUAUGCUGGAACAAGAAUUUACUACAUGAAUGACUACAAAUCUCCGGACCGGUUGGAAAUCGAUGGACCAACCAACUUAACUCUCAAAAUAGUGUAUGUUCACCUACAGAAUCCAAAUGUGGCAGUUGACUACGAGUAUUACAGACCACUAGAGUUGAAUGAGACUCCUGUGCCACCAACUUGUCAGUGGGUAACAACAAACUGGACUGACUGUUCUACAGGUCAGCAGACCCGCGAUGUCUAUUGUGUAAGGGAUGAUGAUUUUUCUCCUGCUGGCGCUAGUUGCUGUGGUGAGGAUUCAAAACCUGACGAGAUAAAGCUCUGUUUUGAAUGGCACUUUUCCAACUGGCAGGCUUGUACGAAAACAUGUGGAAGAGGUAGCCAAUCACGAUCAGUUGUGUGUCGCGCAAGGGUUACUGACACGGACUACCAAAUCCAGUCCGACGAAGUUUGUAACGCUGUGCCAAAACCAGUCGAAACACGUUUCUGCAAUGAGAUUAACUGUCCCGCGUACCGAACAACUCAUUGGACUAAGUGUUCUACGGUCUGCCUUCCUGGGGAACGAACAAACUACACAAAAUGUUCACGCAUCAAUGCUCUGGGAGAAAGCGAAGAAGUGUCAGACAUUCAAUGUGCCCAUAAAGGCACUGCUCCUCCAUCUGUCAAUGAAACAUGCAAUGAUGACAAUCCUUGUUUAAAACAUAAGAUCGGCUGUUUUAAGCCCCCUCCUGAAGCUAACUUAUUCUCAAAGACUCUUGGUGACUUCAGAGCAGAGGCUAAAACAGAUCCGAACCAGGCCCUAAUGCAGUGCGGCGAAUUAGCGCACAGAGAUGGUUACCAUGUGUUCGCCCUUGGCUUGGAUGGUUUGUGCAUGUCAGAUGCGGACGCAAGAAAUAAAUAUUACAAGAACAAAUCGCCUGGAAGUAAACGGGAUGCAAAGAAGUGUUCAGGGGAAAUUGGCAAAGGGAAAUUCAGUGUUGUUUACUCCUUUGAUCCGCUACCAGAAUACGAACCAAUUGGAUGCUUUAAAGACAAGAAGAGUGACCGCGCAAUGAAAGAUAAUUACGCAAGCUUCCGAUUCUUCAUCAAUUGGCACAACCUAAACUCCACAAUCCGCCAGUGUGCACUCGUUGCACGGGAUAUAGGCUACGAGUACUUCGGAGUUCAAUUCUACGGGGAAUGCUGGUCCUCUUCAAACGCUGCAGAGACCUAUAGCAAGUAUAACCUUCAAACAGAUAUGAAGAAAUGCUACAUGGGUGUGGGGGCUGCCUUUACAAACUAUGUUUAUCGAUUUAAAAAAAUGAACGAGGCAAACUCUGAACCAGACAAUGACUCGUCUUCAAACACUGGGAACAACAACAACUCUAUCAUCAUAGCCAAAUAGUAAUUUCGAAUUUGUUACCAUCAUGGUACACAUGUUAAGUAUAUUUUACGAAACAAAUCUGGGAUCAGCCGCCCCAAUGAGUUUUGCAGAGAAAACGAGGCUUAAGAUGUCAAGACAUAUUGAACACUAAUAUAAAAAGGUCUUGUUGGGGUCAUUAAAGAUAUCAAAUACUAAAAAAAAAAAAGAAAAAAACUUGCCUUCAGAAGCUCUUUAAUCAUACUUUAGUCGCGGCCAUGCCGGAUUUAGACAUUAUUUAAGGACCGCAAUGCGACACUGUUCUGCAACAUUCUACGCGCUUGUUAGAGUAGAAACAACCGUAUUUAGCUGUAUAGUACCAGGAAAGGACACCACAAGGUAGAUAACUCCAAUUCGAAUUGCUGGAUUUCAAUCUAAUAUCCUAUCCAAUCACCAUUCGAUCGAUUGCCUUAGCUUGUUCUUCUCCGGUCGUUUGCAAAAUUAUCUUACAGUCAAACCUGUUUUUAAUUAGUUCUUUACUCCAUCCAUUUUAAAAAUUACUGGUGAUCCUUGCAAUCUGAUUGGCUCUCAUUGAUGCGAUUUACAAACGAAUCACACCAUUUUUUUCUCUAAAACGCAUCUUUUUCCAGCUAAUGAGAAACAUUUGCUAUAAAACUUUAACCAAUCAGAUUUCUAGGCUUGUUUAAAAAAACCAAUAAUGUGAGAGGAAAAGGGAAGACACCUGUUACAACUUCAGAACCAACCAGCUCAGUACUGAAUCAAUAAACUAUUUCUACACACUCAAAAUCCUGAUUUAAGUGACUGAACUUUGGGAUUUAAAAAUGGAUGUAAUUGAACUUCAUAUUGUGCAAUUUUGGUCUGAAAUAAUUGUGAGUCCAAACCAAACUCGUUCUGCGCGCUCGUUCGAUUUUGAAAUCACUCGUAUGGUUUUCAGACGAAAUUGCAAUCUACUCAGUUCAGUUGGCGUUAUAUAUAUAUCUGGUGCAUCUAUGUUAAUUGGGGAAGGUAUAAAGUAUAAAAUAUUCUAGUUCAUGGAUAUUAAAUUGUGAAAAUUUGCAACUGGAGAAAGGCAAAUCAGUAAUGUAUUCAUUUGGA